GAACAAUGGUGGCCCACAAACCCAGAAACUCCAUGCUCCCAGGAGGAGUCCCCAAACUGAGCCGAUCAGCUGUUUACAAGAAACGAGCUCUUUACAAGAGACAGAAAGUCCAGGUCAAACCCGCUGUUGAGGAGAAAGCUACUCACAAGACUAAAACAGUUCAGGGAGAGAAGAACGGAGGAACCCGAGAGGUGCCCCUUCAGAGACAGCCCCGAUUCUACCCUACUGAGGACUCCAAGAAGCCCCUGAACAACAGAAGGAAGGUGAAGCCCACCAAACUGAGGUCCACUAUCGUCCCCGGAUCCGUCGUCAUCAUGUUGGCUGGUUCCCACCGAGGAAAGAGGGCUGUUGUCCUGAAGCAGUUGCCAUCUGGUCUUCUUCUCGUAACUGGACCCUACAAGAUCAACGGAGUACCUCUGAGGCGAGUUGACCAAGCUUACGUUAUUGCUACCUCCACCUCCGUAGAGCUCCCAGCUCUUCCUGACACCCUCACCGAUGCUUUGUUCAAGAGGAAAGCCAAGCCUACCAAGAACGAGAAAGAGAUGUUUGUUGAAAAUACUGCCGAGGAACCUAAGAUCUCCGCUGAGAAGAUCGCCCUUCAGAAAGAAGUUGAUGCUCUUGUAGUGCCAGCUGUUAAGAGUGUUGAUAUGUUACAGUCUUAUCUCAGAAGCGUAUUUACCCUCAGAAAGGGACAAUACCCCCACGAAAUGAAGUUCUAAGUUCAAAAGAUUUAUUUAGGUUUUUAUUUAUCGAAAA